AUGAGUAUUCCCUUGGUAAAUCCUCAACUUCUCAAGCCUCUGACUCAUGGAGAUGCCGUCGAGACGCCUCCAAGACCUGCAUCGCCUGAGCACAGGUUCGGUACUCGAGCGGUGCAUUCGGGAUCUCACAUUGAUCCUAACACGGGAGCCGUGAUUGCGCCGAUUUCGCUUUCUACUACUUUUGCACAGUCAAGUGUUGGAAAACCAAUUGGUAUUUACGAGUACACACGCAGCGCAAAUCCUAACCGAGACCACUUCGAAGAAGCCGUCGCCGCUCUUGAACAUGCCCGAUAUGCCCUCGCAUUCUCCUCCGGCUCCGCCACGACAGCAACAAUCCUACAAUCCCUCGCCGCCGGUUCACACGUCGUCUCCGUCUCCGACGUCUACGGCGGCACACACCGAUACUUCACCAAAGUCGCAGCAGCGCACGGGGUAAACGUCACAUUCACGCCCACGCUUGAAAUCGGGAAUGAAGCAAUUAUAAAACCAGACACAAAACUGAUUUGGAUUGAGUCGCCGACAAAUCCGACGUUGAGUUUGGUGGAUAUUCGUGAAGUGACGACUAUUGCGCAUCGACAUGGGAUUUUGGUCGUGGUGGAUAAUACGUUUAUGAGUCCUUAUAUUCAGAAUCCGUUGGAUUACGGGGCAGAUAUUGUGGUUCACUCUGUCACCAAAUAUAUUAAUGGGCACUCUGAUGUCCUGAUGGGCGUCGCCGCAUUCAACUCCCCCGAACUCAAGGACCGUCUCACCUUCCUCCAAAACGCCAUUGGUGCCGUCCCCUCUCCAUUCGACUGCUGGCUCGCCCACCGCGGCAUGAAAACCCUGCACUUGCGCGCGCGAGAGGCAAACAAAAAUGCCUCUGCCGUUGCAAAGGUCCUCGAAUCCUCCUCACUCGUAAAAUCGGUAAAUUACCCCGGUCUCGACUCCCACCCGCAACGCGCCAUCGCCCAAAAGCAACAUCGCGAUGGUAUGGGUGGCGGAAUGCUCAGUUUCCGUAUCCACGGUGGUCAUGCAGCUGCUGAACGAUUCUGUCAGAACGUGCGCGUUUUCGUAUUGGCGGAGAGUUUGGGUGGGAUUGAGUCUCUGUGUGAGGUUCCGUCCAGUAUGACGCAUGCUGGUAUUCCCAAGGAGCAGAGGGAGGCAGUGGGGGUGUUUGAUGAUUUGAUUCGGUUGAGUUGUGGGAUUGAGGAUGUGGAUGAUCUUACCGCGGAUAUUUUGCAGGCGCUGGAGAAAUCUGUUGCGCCUGCUAACGGUGCUUAGAUUUCUGUGAUUAUGUUAAAAAAUUUUGGGUAUGAUUUGCGUUUAAAUAUAGACAUUGUGGAUUUUGUUGUUUCCGGUUGGCUGGUUUGAAAACUUUGGAUAUGCGUUAUU